AUGUCGACUGAAGCUACCGAAACCCAUCCCUUCCCCGUUAAGCACGGAAAGGUGUCGUACUACACGGCCAAGGACGGGCAAAAACUGCGAGUGGGCGAGUGGGGCACCGAGCUGGCCCAGCCCAAGGGCAAGCUGGUUUUCAACCACGGAUUCACCGAACAUAUUGGAGUGUUCGACGAGCUGUUCAAGCGAAUGGUGGACAACGGCUACUACGUGCUUGCGCUGGAUCAGCGAGGAGCCGGAGAACAGUGCCAGGGCAAGAAGUACGGCAUCACCAACGAGACGUUUGUGUACGAGGAUCUCAACGGGGUGAUCAAGGAGUAUCUGGUGAAGAACAACAGCAUUGAACAGAGCAAAAAAGAGAAGCUGUUCAUCUGGGGCCACUCAAUGGGCGGCGGCAUUGCUCUCAACUACGGAGUCAAGGGUCUUUACCGAGACCAUUUCACCGGCUUUAUUGGUUGCGCUCCUCUGGUCCAGCUUCACCCGGCCUCUGUGCCCAACUUCAUUUUGCGAGGCGCCAUGGAGGUGCUUGCCCGAGCCUGGCCCACUCUUCAUUUCCCCGCCGACCUCAAAAUGGACUACAUUGUGUCCAACCCCGACUCCCAGAAGAAGCUGGAGGCCGACGAGUGGAUCCGACCCAUGUGCACCGUCAAGCAGAUGUACGACAUGUUCCAGCGAGGCAACGCCCUGGUUGACCCCGAUUACGUGGCCAACUACCAGCGCGACGCCGCCGUGCUCAUCUACCACUCGGAACACGACAAGAUCAACUGGUACGAGGCCAGCAAAAAGUUCAUUGACGCGGUUCCCGUCAAGGACAAGCAGCUGUUUGAUGCCAAGGGAUGCGAGCACUCCAUUCAUCUGGAGCAGGCUGAGAAGGAGAAGCCUGCCUUUGACACGUUGAUCAACUUCUUGGACGAGCACACCAAGCAGUAG